CGUUGUCGACUACUGCUGGCUUUCGAGACUUGUAGAGGCGCAGUGCUUCGCGCUUUCACGCCACGUUAUCAUUAUGUUGACACUAAGAUUAAGGCAUAUUUUCAGGCCCCUGUGCCAGCGUGGCCCACUUGGCGUGAGUGCGGGUCCCAAGGGACAGCACUCUGCUGCAGCCUGCAACACCCAGCAUGAGCCCUGGAGAGGGCAGGACAGCCUGGCGCAGGACGACCCCGAGAUCUGGGAGCUGCUGCAGAAGGAGAAGGACAGACAGUGUCGUGGCCUGGAGCUCAUUGCCUCAGAGAAUUUCUGCAGCAGAGCAGCUCUUGAGGCUCAGGGCUCCUGUCUCAAUAACAAGUACUCAGAAGGCUACCCAGGAAAGAGGUAUUAUGGCGGUGCAGAGGUAGUGGACCAGAUCGAGCUUCUGUGCCAGAAGCGGGCCCUGGAGGCAUUUGAUCUUGAUCCGGAGCACUGGGGCGUCAACGUGCAGCCCUACUCCGGCUCUCCAGCCAACCUCGCUGCCUACACAGCCGUGCUGAAGCCACACGACCGUCUCAUGGGCCUGGACCUGCCCGAUGGAGGACACCUCACCCAUGGUUACAUGUCUGAUGUGAAGCGGGUCUCUGCCACAUCUAUCUACUUUGAGUCCAUGCCUUACAAACUCGACCCUAAAACAGGUCUAAUAGACUAUGACCAGAUGGAGAUGACUGCGAAGCUGUUUCGGCCCAGGCUGAUCAUAGCUGGCACCAGCGCCUACGCCCGCCUCAUCGACUAUGCCCGCGUGAAGAAGCUGUGUACAGAGUUAAAUGCGUAUCUUCUGGCAGAUAUGGCCCACAUUAGUGGCCUUGUGGCUGCUAAAGCUAUACCCUCUCCAUUUGAUCACGCUGACCUUGUCACCACAACCACACACAAAUCCCUCAGAGGAGCCAGAGCUGGGCUGAUAUUUUAUCGGAAGGGUGUGCGCUCUGUGGAUAAGAAAGGUGGUGAAGUCCUGUAUGACCUUGAGGACAAGGUCAACUUCUCAGUCUUCCCUUCACUGCAGGGUGGACCCCACAAUCAUGCCAUCGCUGGUGUCGCUGUGGCCCUCCGUCAGGCCAACACCCCAAUGUUUAAGGAGUACAUAGCACAGGUAAUAAAGAAUGCGAAAGCCAUGGCCAACGCGUUGCUAAAGAAAGGAUACACUCUUGUGUCAGGUGGGACAGAUAAUCACCUGGUGCUCGUGGAUUUAAGGCCACAGGGAAUGGAUGGAGCACGUGCAGAAAGGGUUCUGGAGCUGGUCUCCAUCACAGCCAACAAAAACACCUGCCCAGGAGACAAGAGUGCACUCACACCUGGAGGCCUCCGGUUGGGUGCCCCCGCAUUGACCUCUCGUCACUUUAAGGAAGCAGAGUUCCAACAGGUCGUGGAAUUCCUGGAUGAAGGUUUCAAAAUUGCUCUGGAUGUCAAGAAAAAGACCAAAAAGCUGGCAGACUUUAAGAGCUUCCUGUUGGAGGAUCCAGACACGGUGGCACGCCUCGCUGACCUGCGCCUCCGGGUGGAGGCUUUUGCUCGUCCUUUCCCCAUGCCGGGCUUCCCUGACCACUAACCACGCACAGCUGAGCGUGCUAGGGACAGGGCGCAUCUGCACAUGCAUCAGCCAGCCACACUGGCUUUUUCGGCGCAAGGAUCAGUAUUCAGAUUUUUUUUUUUGUUCUUCUUCAUUUAAUUUCUGAGCCUUUGAUCAUUAGGCCCUUUGUCGGUAAAUACAGAGAGUGAAAUAUCAGCAUUUAUAUUUCACAGCAGUCACGAGGGCAUGAUGAGGGAACAAUAACAGCCUUCAUCACUGCAGUGUGAAUGAUGUUGAAUCAAAGAACAAAUGGGUUUGGCACAACUCUUAGUCUUAGAGAUCAGCAGUGCAAAUAGACUGUUAGUGCGCUGAAAGUUUUAGUCCUUUAGCAUGCAGGUGUAGUAGAAACUGCUCUACUGAUGGUUCAAAUUCGGAGGGGUUAAAAUGAGGAAAAACUCAUGGGUAAAAUGGGAUGGAUUGGGAUGCCAAAACAUUUUAGUGUGGUUAUCCAGAUUGCAUUUUGCAGUGUCAAGAGCCCGAAAACAUUGGUUCUAAAAUCGUGAAUUAGAAGCUUAAUCAUGUCGAAUUGAAUUGAUCUGAAAGUAAAUGUCAGACUGGUCAAACAAAAGUUGUUCAUUGGCAAAAUGUAACCUGUAGAGAAUUACAAUUCAGGAAAAGAACAAAGAUCCAGAUGGCUCAUUGCACUACACUGGCCUUCAAUGUUUACAAAUUGUUUUUCACCUCUUAUGUCUUAAUUUUGAACUGCUGAACAAAAACUGGUCAUGGAUAUCUUUUAUUCUUUUUCACUCUAACUACUGCUGCUGUCAAAAUAUGGAAAAGAGAAUUCCUACUUAAAAAAGACUAAAGCCACAUCUGUGUAAUUUGUCUAAUAAAAACAAAAUCUUAUGAUGGAGGUAUAUAUUUAUCACAGAGUAUCUAUGAGACAAUAGAAUGAUAGAUAUGGAGGUGUGUCAGGUAGUGCCAAGUAUUUUACUGUGAACUGCACAUGAUAACUAUAACACGUUAUCUAUGUUUAAUCCAUCUUUUACUAACUGAAAUGGUUUAAGGGGAAGGAAACCUACAAAUAUGUGUCCAACUAUAUACAGUACAAUUAUGAUGAAAGGAGAUCAUUUGGUGUAUGUGCUGUGUUUGCCCUGUUGGCCUCUGGGAUGAAGCAGGCCACCAAUCAAAUCUACCCUCUAAUGUUUUGAUUUAUCUUCUUUCAUUCUCCAGAAUGCUGCCUAAGUUGCCUUUUUAUCUGUAAAGUGUUUUUUUUUUAAUGGGCCUUUACAAGGUAGUUUUAUAUGAAAAACAUAAUCCCAUUAAACAUGCAGUAAUUACA